AAGAGUACUGCUUAAAUAAAUAUAAAUUAAUUUAAUUUAAUUCAGUUUUACCUUCCGUCAGCCACUAUCCGUCUUGCUCAGUUAAGAAUCUCUCUCCAUCGCUAAAAUGAAAAAUAAAAAGAAAAUAAUUCCUGUUUUGUUUCUUGCUAGCCAACGACUGAAGAGAGAAAGCUUUAGAGAAUUCAACAGCAACGAGAAACACAGGCGGUUAGGAUCGUCAGCGAGGAUUUCUAUGGCUUUAACGAAAUGCUGAUAUUUUCAAAGCGAGUCGUUUGGUUAUUGAUGAAAUGCACUGGCAGGUUUGGUGGUGGAGCGAAGAAUCCGGCAACUCUUUCGAGAUCCGGAGAAAAAACAAACGUCUGAUAACGAAAACGAUUUUUCAAAACAAUUCUUCGCUGCUCCUUUUGUUUUGAUUUUUUUAGGGGGGGGGGAAACUAGAAAAAAGGAAAAGGAUAUCCAGUAAAGCGUUAAUAGCAAUGGAGUCGAGAAUGGAUCAUUACGAGAUCAUGGAACAGAUCGGCCGUGGAUCAUUUGGCGCUGCCAUUCUCGUUUAUCACAAAACUGAAAAGAAAAAGUAUGUUUUGAAGAAGAUCAGAUUGGCGCGGCAAACGGACCGCUGUAGGAGUUCUGCGCAUCAAGAAAUGGCACUUAUUUCGCGAAUUCAACACCCUUACGUUGUUCAAUUUAAGGAAGCCUGGGUUGAGAAAGGCUGCUAUGUUUGCAUUGUUACUGGAUACUGCGAAGGUGGAGAUAUGGAUGAAUUGAUGAAAAAAUCAAAUGGGAUCUAUUUUCCGGAGGAGAAGCUAUGCAAGUGGUUUGCGCAGCUACUUCUGGCAGUUGAAUAUCUGCAUUCAAAUUUUGUUCUGCAUCGGGACAUAAAGUGUUCCAAUAUUUUUCUUACCAAAGAUCAAGAUGUUCGCCUUGGGGAUUUUGGGCUUGCUAAAACUCUAAAGGCAGAUGAUUUGGCUUCCUCGGUGGUUGGAACUCCCAAUUACAUGUGUCCUGAACUGCUUGCAGAUAUUCCUUAUGGUUUCAAGUCUGAUAUCUGGUCUCAGGGGUGCUGUAUGUAUGAGAUGGCUGCUCGUCGCCCUGCUUUUAAAGCUUUUGACAUGGCAGGGUUGAUAAGCAAGAUAAAUCGUUCCUCUAUGGGCCCUUUGCCUUCUUGCUACUCUCCAUCAUUGAAGGCAAUUAUCAAGAGCAUGCUAAGAAAGAAUCCAGAACAUCGACCAAGUGCAUCAGAGCUUUUGAAGCAUCCUUAUUUGCAGCCAUAUGUUGAUAAGUAUAGUCCAUCAUUUAGCUGUCUUUCGAAGAACUGCUGCUCAGAUAAGCAUGUUACCACUGGUCGUGGUAAUAGGAAAAAUAUGGCCGAGAGUCAGAAUAGUAAUAGCUCAUGUAGUGAUAAAGAUAGUUUGGUUUCAAGUCACAGGAACACUGACACAAGGAUUCCAAAUAGCAAUAAUGAGGCCACUGGCACAGAUUCCAAUUCUAAGGAAGAAGAGAUUUGCCCCAUUAGUUUCUCUGGUAAAGUUGAUGAAACAGGAAGGAUGAAACCUUCUCAUGUGGAACAGGGAUCUAAUGUUCAAUCAAAGCAACCAAAAUCCAUCAAAGGCGUAGUAACGGCUUUGAAAGAAGGGAAAGUAAGAGAAAGUGGUUCCCCUAUGAGAGGCGGUCGAACAAAAGCUGCAGGUGGAUUGACUCAAAGAAAUAAUUUAGAAGCAUCACCCAAAGUUCUCAAAUUUCCUGCUCCAAUUCCAGGUUCAAAACCUAAUGCUAAUACACCAGCUGUUGCUUCAGCUAAAUUACGACCAGAUUCUGCAAAAAGGAUGCCCGGAUCACACCAUUUGAAGCACCAGUUACCUGUUAUUGAAUCCUCCCCUAAGACUAAACCUAGUCAUGAAGGGAUUCCUCCACCUGCAACUGAGAAGCCUGUUGCUGAAGACUGUCUACCUUCUAAAAACAGAACUUCCAAUGUUGCGAGAAGAUCAUCUUUUACAGUAAAGGUGAAACAUGCUGGAAGUGAUGUUUCAAAUGAGGCAAGUAACAGAACCAAGUUAGGAUCUUCAGAAGUAAACCAGGAUUGUGAGGCUAUUUCUCACCAACUGUCCAAUGGUUACUCUAAAAAGGCUUCUGGAGUGGUGAAACAAGAUGUUGAGAUAGCUCUAAGUGGAGCUACCAUGAGGUUGCAAACAGAUAGCAGCACUUCCGUCUCAUCUGCAACCUCUAUUCAAGCAUUUGAGGUUUGUGAUGAUGCAACCACCACUUUUAUUGACUUGACAGAACAGACACAGGAGCAUCGGAUGAUCACCCACAUCAAGAGCUUAGAAUCACAUCCACCAUGCAGCUCACCUGCUCUGAAAUCAGAGAUGCCUGAGGUUCUGUUGAGAGAAAGCUACAGAUACCAUCAUGAAUCUGUCAUGUUUUCAACUGAAGAAUCUGGUCCAGCUCAGAUGCAUUUCUCUUCAGUAGAUGAAAAAGUGACUCUAUGUGCCCCUUUGGACCAUCCAGACCUGAUUUCUGAAGAAAAUUUUGUUCAUAAAGAUGAGACUGCUGUAAGCAGGAUGAUUAGUAGGGAUGGUGAUCCUUUAAAUCGGACAUGUAGUAGGGAUGAUACUCCUUUAAGCCGAACAAGUAGUAGGGAUGAUGCCUCUAUGAGCAGCUCAAGCACAUGGGAUGAUGCUCCAAUAAGCAGUCCAAGUAGCAGUAAUGAUGCCUCUAUAAGCAGGUUAAGUGUUAGAGAUGGUGCCCCUGUAAGCUGGUUAAGUAUUGGGGAAAAUGCCCCUGUAAGUGGACCAACUGCUGGGGAAGAUUCCCCCUUCAUGAGCAGUUCAAGCACUUGGGAUGAUGCUUCAAUAAGCAGGCCAAGUAGCAGUAAUGAUGCUCCUAUAAGCAGGUUAAGUAUCAGAGAUAAUGCCCCUGUAAGCUGGUUAAGUAUUGGGGAAAAUGCCCCUGUAAGUGGACCAGCUGCUGGGGAAGAUUCCCCCUCCAUGAGCAGUUCAAGCACUUGGGAUGAUGCUUCAAUAAGCAGGCCAAGUAGCAGUAAUGAUGCUCCUAUAAGCAGGUUAUGUAUCAGAGAUAAUGCCCCUGUAAGCUGGUUAAGUAUUGGGGAAAAUGCCCCUGUAAGUGGACCAACUGCUGGGGAAUAUUCCCUCACUAGCAAGCCAAGUAGCAGUGAUGAUGCCCCUGUAACUGGGGAAGAUUGCCCCACUAUCAGAUUGGAUGAAACUGUGGCAGGCAGCCCUAGUAGUAUGCAUGAUGUGAUGCUCCAUUCAAAGUUUUCUUUGCCAGCCAGUGGUGAUGAGAAGUUCAAUGUAAUUGAACCUAUCUUAUCAGUUGCAGAAACUAUGCCUUGCAUUGCCCCAUCGAUUUCAUCUAGCCCGAAGAAUUCACAACCAGAUAGAGGAACAAAUGUACGUGGUUCAACAAUCGAAACACCAGCUAGCACUUCUUGUUCUCCAGCAUUUGAUGACAAUGCUAUGCAUGUUACAAGGCAUUGUAGAUUCUCUGUUGGCAGUGAGCAGCCAGUGAUGGAAAAAGUAGAAAUGGAUGUUCAAAAUGUGGAUGUCAGGAAACUCAUAAAUGUUGUGAGGGAUGGAUUGGAUAUAAGAAACAUGACUAGUCCAGUGACCCCUACAUCAAGUUGCUCUGAAGCAAUAAGUUCAACGCCAAAUGUUUCGGAUUAUUUAGGUGCCAAAGAAAUAGAUGGUAGGAACUCUAUUCCCUCUAGUGUUAAAGAAAUGGAUACUAGGUACUGCAUUUCCUCAUCUCCAGAACUCAUGAAUGUUAUGAGGGAUGAACUGGAUAUGAGAACCAUGACUAGUCCAGUGGCCAUUAUUUCAAGUUGCUCUGAAGCCUUAAGCUCAAGACCAAAUGUUUCGGAUUAUUCUGGUGUCGAAGAAUUGGAUGUUAGGAACUCCAUUCCCUCUGGUGUUAAAGAAAUGGAUGUUAGGAACUCUGUUUCUGUAUCUCCAAAACGCGUAAAUGUCACGAGGGAUGAACUGGUUAUGAGAAACACGACCAGUCCUGUGACCAGUGCAUCAAAUUUCUCUGGAGCUUUAAGUUCAACACCAAAUGUCUCGGAUUUCUCUGGUGUCAAAGAAAUGGAUAUUGUGAACUCCAUUUCUUCAUCUCCAGAACCCAUGAAAGUUGUGAGGUGUGAACUGGAUAUGAGAAAUUUGACUAGACCAGUGACUGUUAUAUCAAGUUUCUCCGAAGCUUCAAGUUCAACACCAAAUGUUUUGGAUUAUUCUGGUGUCAAAGAAGUGGACAAUAGGAACUCCGUUCCCUCUGGUAUUCAACAAAUGGAUAUUGUGAAGUACAUUUCCUCAUCUCCAGAACCCUUGAAUGUUGCGAGGUAUGAAUUGGAAAUGAGAAACAUGACUAGUCCAGUGACCCUUGCAUCAAAUUGCUCUGAAGCUUCAAGUUCAACACCAAACAUUUCAGAUUAUUCUGGUCUGAAAGAAAUGGAUGUUAGGAACCCAAUGCCCUCCGUUGUUAAAGAAAGGAAUACUGGGAACACCAUUUCCUCGUCGUCAAAACCCAUUGAUGUUGUGAGAGAUGAAUUCAAUAUGAGAACCACGACUAGUCCAGUGACCGUUGCAACAAGCUGCUCUGAAGCUUUAAGUUCAACACCAAACGUUUCAGAUAAUCCUGGUGUUAAAGAAGCGGAUGUUAGGAACUCCACUUCCUCAUCUCUAAAAUCCGAGCCACCGGAGCCUGUGAAGCCCAACACUACUGUGACAGAAGAGGUGAAACAAGCAAGGGAAACUUUGGAUGUCAAUUCUUACAGGCAAAGGGCAGAGGCACUCGAAGGGCUUCUUGAAUUGUCUGCCGAGUUACUGCAACAAAACAGAUUGCAAGAGCUGUCCAUCGUUUUGAAGCCUUUCGGUAAACAUAUGGUGUCCCCAAGGGAGACGGCUAUCUGGUUAUCCAGAAGUAUGAAAGGAAUGAUGACCGAGGACUGUGGCCGGAAUUGAAAUUACCAAUUGUUUGUCCAAACAAUAUGCUAUAGAUCACACUUCAAUACGUUGGCUCUCAUCAUCUCAAGUUACAAUGGAUGGGUUCAGAAUAAACCCUUAAAUAAUCCAAAUCAGAAUUUUUUUUGACUAA